CGCCAGCCUCGCCCACGUGACCAGCCCGGGUGCAAACACGCGGGUCAGCUGAUCCGGCCCAACUGCGCCGUCAUCCCGGCUAUAAGCGCGCGGCCUCGGCGCCCCGCUCCGACCCGGUGGCCGCCGCCAUGCAUCCCCCCAGCCUUCUGCUGCUCGCCCUCUGCAUCCUGGCUGCGCCUGCCGCCGCGCUCGUCAGGAUCCCGCUGCACAAGUUCACGUCCAUCCGCCGGACCAUGUCGGAGAUGGGGGGCCCUGUGGAGGACCUGAUUGCCAAAGGCCCCAUCUCGAAGUACUCCCAGGCGAUGCAGGCCGUGACCGAGGGGCCCAUUCCUGAGGUGCUGAAGAACUACAUGGACGCCCAGUACUACGGGGAGAUCGGCAUCGGGACGCCUCCCCAGUGCUUCACGGUCGUCUUCGACACGGGCUCCUCCAACCUGUGGGUCCCCUCCAUCCACUGCAAACUGCUGGACAUCGCUUGCUGGCUCCACCACAAAUACAACAGCGACAAGUCCAGCACCUACGUGAAGAAUGGCACCUCAUUUGACAUCCACUACGGCUCGGGCAGCCUCUCCGGAUACCUGAGCCAGGACACUGUGUCGGUGCCCUGCAAGUCAGCGUCAUCAACCGCUGCGCUGGGCGGUGUCAAAGUGGAGAGGCAGGUCUUCGGGGAGGCCAUCAAGCAGCCAGGCAUCACCUUCAUCGCAGCCAAGUUCCACGGCAUCCUGGGCAUGGCCUACCCCCGCAUCUCCGUCAACAACGUGCUGCCCGUCUUCGACAACCUGAUGCAGCAGAAGCUGGUGGACCAGAACAUCUUCUCCUUCUACCUGAACAGGGACCCAACUGCGCAGCCCGGGGGUGAGCUGAUGCUGGACGGCACGGACUCCAAGUAUUACAGGGGUUCUCUGUCCUACCUGAACGUCACCCGCAAGGCCUACUGGCAGGUCCACCUGGACCAGGUGGAGGUGGCCAGCGGGCUGACCCUGUGCAAGGAGGGCUGUGAGGCCAUUGUGGACACAGGCACCUCCCUCAUGGUGGGCCCCGUGGAUGAGGUGCGCGAGCUGCAGAAAGCUAUCGGGGCCGUGCCGCUGAUUCAGGGCGAGUACAUGAUCCCCUGUGAGAAGGUGUCCACCCUGCCCACGAUCACACUGAAGCUGGGAGGCAAAGGCUACAAGCUGUCCCCAGAGGACUACACGCUCAAGGUGUCGCAGGCCGGGAAGACCCUCUGCCUGAGCGGCUUCAUGGGCAUGGACAUCCCGCCACCCAGCGGGCCACUCUGGAUCCUGGGCGACGUCUUCAUCGGCCGCUACUACACUGUGUUUGACCGCGACAACAACAGGGUGGGCUUCGCCGAGGCUGCCCGCCUCUAGUUCCCAAGCCGUCGGCGUGCCAGCACAGAAACAGAGGAGAGUCCCGGAGGAGGAGGCCCCUGGCCCCCCGGCGCCUCCCACACGUAGUCACACACACUCACACACUUGCCUGCCCACUGCCCUGGGCGCCCUGGAAGCCGGCGGCCCAAGCCAGACCUGCUGUUUUGUUCUGUGGUUUUCCCCUCCCUGGGUUCAGAAACGCCACCUACCUGUCCGCCUGUCCGUCUGUCCGCCUGUCCGCCUGUCCGCCUGUCCGCCUGUCCGUCUGUCCGUCUGUUUGGUGGGGGUAGCGCUGAUCUGGAGCACAGAUCUGUUCCAUACACUUGGAAGACCCCGCCCUAGCUUGGCAGCCGAGCUUGUGUAUCCUGGGGCUCCCUUCAUCUCCAGGGAGUCCCUUCCCCAGCCCUACCAGCACCCGCUGGGCUGAGCCGCCACCCCACACCAGGCCGUCCUCCCGGACCCUCCCUUGGAAACCUGCCCUACCCGAGGGACCCUAUGCCGAGCUUGGGCCCCUCUGCCCAGCUUGGGCCCAGCUGGGCUCUGCCACCCCUACCUGUCCAGUGUCCUGGGCCCAUUGUGGAUGAGGCCAGUGGAGGCCUGAGGAUGAGCUGGAAGGAGUGAGGGGACAAAACUCACCUUCUGGAGCCUGCGCGGUGGUCCUGGGACUGAGCCCAUCCCUGGGGCAUGCAUUGGCCUGGAGGUGGGGCUGGGACUGGGGGCUGGCGUCAGCCUUCCUCUGCAGCUGACUUUUGUCCUCCCCUUGGGCGACCGAGAGCCCCAGCUGAUGUGGAAAUACAGUUGUUGGCCUUCCCUC